AUGGGAUACAUAGUGAAAGCGUGGAUUCGUCAUGGCCUCCAAUUAAAAUUCAAAUGGCAAAACGAACUGAAGAAAUCCGGAUCGUUGAUGAUCGGCACGUCUCCUGAAUACGACAUGGCUCUCUACACAUUGUGCUUCCUGUCGCGACGUGGUAACCAGCAAUGCCAGGUUGAACUCGACGGAUGCCCCUUAGGAGUGACCAGCUACGAUUUGACUCAGAAGAACAAGGUGUACAUCGGAACAAUUUACCCAACUGCAGGAGCACCAUGUAAUCGUCAGUAG